CGAAACCUUGUUUUCUUUCCAGCAAAAGAUCCAAUGAAAAAAUAAAGAAUAAAAAUCCAGUCAUAACCGAGGGAGGGAACGCUGGUCUAGCCGCCAGGUGGACCUUUCUCUGUUUCCUUCCUUCGUUGUAUGGUCCCAUUUCUUCUACUCCCUGAUACAACACAGCACCACACAUUCUCUUUCCCCAGCCUAACACUUUCCAUCUUCCAACACCACCGUUUCUCUCUCCCUCGUUCUCUCCCUCACGGGUCCGCGAGACUCGGGUUCGGAUCUCCGAUCGCCGCCGCACCGCGAAACGAGUUUCCAAACUCAGAAUCCAGAUCCCUCCAAGUCCCCUCACCAUGAUAGCGAUUCCGUAUCUCACCGCGUUGACCACCUACUUCAGCUACGGCUUGCUCUUUGCCUUCGGCCAGUUCAGGGAUUUCUUCCGCAAAAUCUUUGACUGGUGCAGCUCUAACAAUCUCCAGGGUUACCCACCGAUCUGCUUGGGGCUCGAAGAUUUUUAUAUUCGCCGUUUGUAUCUUCGCAUUCAGGACUGUUUUGGUAGACCAAUUGCAAGUGCUCCUGAUGCGUGGUUUGAUGUAGUGGAACGCUUCUCCAAUGAUAGCAACAAGACACUGAAACGGACUGAUAAACUAAGUAGAUGCCUUAACUUGGGAUCAUACAACUAUCUUGGUUUUGCGGCAGCAGACGAAUACUGCACACCCCGAGUAGUUGAAACGUUGAAGAAGUACUCUCCAAGCACUUGCAGUACUCGUGUGGAUGGAGGGACGACUGACCUUCACAAUGAACUGGAGCAGUGUGUUGCAAACUUUGUUAGAAAGCCAGCUGCUAUAGUUUUUGGUAUGGGCUAUGUGACAAACUCUGCUAUUCUUCCAGUCUUGAUGGGGAAGGGAAGUCUGAUUAUUAGUGAUUCGUUGAACCACAACUCAAUUGUUAAUGGUGCACGAGGAUCCGGAGCAACUAUUCGUGUUUUUCAACACAAUAUGCCAUCUCAUCUAGAAGAAGUGUUAAGAGAACAAAUUGCUGAGGGACAGCCAAGGACACAUAGGCCUUGGAAGAAAAUUAUGGUUAUCGUAGAGGGGAUAUACAGCAUGGAAGGAGAGCUCUGCAAACUUCCAGAGAUCAUAGCUAUAUGUAAAAAAUAUAAGGCAUAUACAUAUUUGGAUGAAGCACACAGCAUUGGAGCUGUGGGCAAGACAGGAAGAGGUGUUUGUGAGCUACUGGGUGUGGAUACUGCUGAUGUUGACAUUAUGAUGGGAACAUUCACCAAAUCUUUUGGAUCAUGUGGAGGAUAUAUUGCAGGAUCUAAGGACCUUGUCCAAUACUUGAAGCACGCUUGCCCUGCUCAUCUUUAUGCAACUUCGAUUUCACCACCAGCCGCACAACAAAUAAUAUCUUCCAUUAAAGUUAUUCUUGGAGAGGAUGGUUCCAAUAGAGGUGCCCAGAAACUAGCACAAAUUCGAGAGAAUAGCAACUUUUUCAGGUCAGAACUGCAGAAGAUGGGAUUUGAGGUUCUUGGGGAUAAUGAUUCUCCAGUAAUGCCAAUCAUGCUUUAUAACCCAGCCAAAAUCCCUGCAUUCUCAAGGGAGUGCCUCAAGCAGAAUGUUGCUGUUGUGACCGUGGCAUUUCCUGCAACUCCACUGCUACUGGCUAGAGCACGUAUAUGCAUAUCUGCUUCCCAUUCAAAGGAAGACCUUACCAAAGCCUUGCAGGUCAUUAGCAGAGUGGGUGAUCUAGUUGGCAUAAAAUACUUCCCAGCUGAACCAACAAAGCAACAAGAUACGGGUAAAGCGGUGAAGUUUGAUUAGAGAACUUUCUAAAAGCAGGAAGGGGAACAAAGACUACUGAAGAUAGAGCUGUAGCGAUAAGAAGACAUAUUGGUCAAACGAGACAUUGAUUUCAAUGCGCUGUAUGAAUUCGUUGCUUUUUGUUGCCAUCUUCGAAAGUGUGGACUUUGCAGGAAGAGCAUAUCCAUAUAAUUGUUCUCAUAUUCAAGGGAACGUAUCCUGAAGGGAAUUCUGUUCUUAUUUUACCCACCCAUUUGAUAUUAAUAUGUAUAGCUGCAGUUUGUUUAUUCAUUCCGAACUUAUUUUUGAUUUGAAUUAAUCGAGUAAAACUGAAGAUGAUCUAUCCAGUUGUAAUUUUGAAUGUGAAUAGUUCUUGUAAGCAGUUUUAGCAAUGUUUUACUUUUCAA